GCUGGCGGCGGCCAUGGCACGUCGUCUGGCGGCGGCGGUGGUGCGCCCUCAGCCGUGCGCCCUGGCGGCGGCGGCGGCGAUGGCCCUGGCGUGCGCCCUCUACUACACGGGCUCGGGCUCGGGUGCGGGGGAGCCCGCCUCGCCCCCGCCGCCCCCCGGGCCGGGGGCGGAAAGCAAGGCCAAGGCGGGCGAGGAGCUGCUGCGGCAAGCGCCGGAGGGCGAGGCGGAGCUGCACAUGCUGGUGGUGCUGGCCAAGGCGGAGCGCAACGAGGCUCUGCGGGCCAAGGCGGCGGCGGCGCUGCGCUCGCUGGUGCGCUUCGGCAAGCUGGGCCCGCAGCAGGCGCUCGCUCUCCACCUGCUCUGCGACGCGCCCAGCCGGGCCCCGGCCAAGCUGCUCUUCCACGACGCGCUCCGCCGCGCCGCCUUCAGGUGGUCUUCCAUGACGUGGAAGUGCUGGCCCAGAGGCUGCUUCCCACCGUGGAGGCAAUGCAGAAGCUUUUCAGCGCAGGGGCCGGCAGCUACUACAGCGACUCUAUUUUCUUCCUCUCUGUUGCCAUGCACCACAUCAUGCCCAAAGAGAUUUCGCGGAUCAUACAAGUGGACCUGGAUGUGGAGUACCGGGCCAAUAUCCGGGAACUGUUUCAGGAAUUUGACAAUUUCCCUGAAGGAGCCGUUAUCGGCAUUGCCCGAGAAAUGCAGCCAGUCUAUCGGCACGUCCUCUGGCAGUAUCGGCAGGAGCAUCCCGGGACCAGGGUGGGAGAGCCGCCUCCUGAUGGGCUGUCUGGGUUCAACAGUGGGGUGCUGCUGCUGGACCUGGAGGCCAUGCGCCAGUCAGCGCUUUACAACCAUCUGCUGGAACCGGCAGUGGUGCAGCGGCUGGCCAGCAAGUUCCACUUCAGGGGCCACCUGGGCGACCAGGACUUCUUCACCCUUGUGGGCAUGGAGCACCCCGAGUUGUUCCACGUCUUGGACUGUACCUGGAACCGCCAGCUCUGUUCCUGGUGGCGCGACCACGGCUACGCCGAUGUCUUCGAGCAGUACUUCCGGUGUGACGGCCACGUCCGGAUCUACCACGGCAACUGCAACACGCCUAUCCCGGCGGAGUAGCUGCUGCUCAGGGGGCGGGGGGGGCGCUGCACAUCGGACUUGGGGGCAGCGGCAGGUGCACGCAAGGAGACCUGAGACCUGAGGCACGCAAGGAGACCUCGUGGCAUCCCAGGAAACAGUCCAGCAGCCCAGGCCAGUCUGGCCAGGGUGCUGGGUGCCAUUUCCUCCCUGGGAGGAAGCCCUCACCUGGAAUUGCACUCAGUGUCUGGGCCUUGGCCUGGGGGGUGCGUUGGGCAGAAAGGCCCGUGCAGUCAGUGUCCCCUGCCUGUUGGUGGGACAGUCUUGGCCUGGGAAGGAGGCCGCUGGGCUUUGUGUUCAGGAUGCAUCUAGAGGAGAGGAUCCAAGCCACCAUCCCUUCUGAUCGACGGAUCUGUGCGCUCUGCUGGCAUCAGGAGCCUCGAUUCAGACUCUUGACAGCUGGCCCGGUCUGGGACUCCUGGCUGGAGCUGCCUCUGCAACAGGCUCUCCUUGGGCGGGUGGGUGGCUGGAUGGGGCUCGCUGGCUAGCAGUGGCCUACUGACCUAGAAAUCGCCCCCAUAACCAAGAGGAGAAGGGGAGGGGGGGCAUGGAGCACAUGCCCCAGGCGGCUUCUCUCACUUCCCUAACCCUUCGCAAUAAAAUUUAAGGCG